CCUGUCCGAGAGGCGCAUCGCGAGUUCGCGACCUGCCCACCGCGCCUCCUCUUCCCAGGCGCUGAAGCGCCGCCGCCCCGCGCCCGCCCUCCGGCCUGCGCACCUCCGCAGCCCCUUCCUGCUAUCCUGCUGCACCUCCUCUGCCCGCCCCGGUCGCUGCUGCCCUGCUCCCUGUUCUCCCUCGCGGCCUCGCCUCGGAGUGCCAAGCAGCCGCCGGACGGCUGGAGCUAGGGUUUCGGCCGAAAAUCGCUGCGGGGCCAGGGUGCCGGUCGGUUCGCCGUCUUCGUCUCUCUCAUCUCAUUCAGUGGUUGUGCCUCCCAAAUAACUUGUAUCUUACUGCAUUGAACUCGUCUGUACUUGGAAUGGCAGCACCUAAGCCCUUUUCUCGGCUUAUUUCCCAUGUAAUUCUAGAUUUGGAUGGCACCCUCUUAAACACAGAUUCUGUUGUAAGUAAGGUGGUAAAGCCAUUUCUUGUCAAAAAUGGGAAAACGUGGGAUAGCAAGAAAGCUCACAAGCUAGUUGGGAAGACACCUUAUGAAGCUGCUGCUGUUGUUUUGGAAGACUAUGGGCUCCCUUACUCAACAGAAGAGUUCCUCUCGAUGAUUAAUCCAAUGUUCAGUGAGCAGUGGUGCAACAUAAAACCUCUUCCAGGAGCUAAUCGUCUGAUAAAACAUUUAAGGAGUAAUGGGGUGCCUACUGCUUUGGCUUCAAACUCGCCAAGAUCUAAUAUAGAAGCCAAAAUUUCCUGCCAUCAGGGUUGGAAAGAGUCUUUCUCUGCAAUUGUUGGUGGAGAUGAGGUGGAGAAGGGGAAGCCAUCCCCAGAUAUAUUUUCGGAAGCUGCAAAAAGAAUGAACACCGCUCCUUCAAAUUGCCUAGUAAUCGAGGAUUCCUUGCCAGGUGUUACAGCUGGAAAAGCUGCGGGAAUGUAUGUCAUAGCUGUACCGUCAGUGCCCAAAAAGACUGCUGAGUUCAGUACUGCUGAUGAGGUGAUCAAUUCCCUCCUCGAUGUAAGGCCUGAAAACUGGGGUUUGCCACCAUUUAAUGAUUGGAUUGAAGGCACCUUACCAAUAGAACCAUGGUUUAUCGGUGGACCUGUGAUCAAAGGAUUUGGCCGUGGUUCUAAAGUAUUAGGAAUACCAACAGCCAAUUUGCCCGCAGAGAACUUUUCCGAUGUAGUGUCAGAGCAUACGUCAGGGGUAUACUUUGGAUGGGCUGGACUUUCAACACGUGGUGUAUAUAAGAUGGUUAUGAGCAUUGGCUGGAAUCCAUAUUUUGACAACACUGAGAAGACAGUAGAACCUUGGUUGCUCCAUGACUUUGGUGAAGACUUCUAUGAUGAGGAGCUGCGCCUUGCCAUUGUUGGCUACAUAAGACCCGAGGCCAACUUUCCUUCACUGGAGAGCUUGAUAGAGAGGAUUCAUGAGGACGGAAGAAUAGCAGAGAAGGCACUAGACUUACCGAUGUAUGCCAAGUACAAAGACUCGCCAUAUUUGAGAAACCCUUUGCAGCAGGGAAGUACUACUGAUGGGAGCCAGGCUGAACUGAAUUCCAAGUGAGAGCAGGAGGGCACUAAAUAAGUUGUCGCUUAUUGUUCUGUUUGUGAUAGAGGGAAAUACAUUGGUGUUGACGCAGAAACGAUUGGACUCUUGUUGGUUCUUUCCACUUUUUGGAAACAGUGAUAGUUGCACUAUCUGGCUGUUCCUCAAAGAGGUGCUGAACUGCUGAUACCCUUCUAAAGAAAAAGGUUUGAUGUUGAAAGUUUAAUACUGAGCUGGUAUGCACUUGUGUUGAUUAA